CCUCGGUGCCCCCCUCCGCGCGCGGCUCGCAGGCCCACGGGCUGGCCGUGGGGGCGACGGUGCUGGGUGAGGUGAGGGACGGGACGGGAUCUGUUUCGGGCUCGCAGGCCUCGCGCACCAUGUGCUCGCAGCACGACACCGCGCCACGUGCCGCCGCCUGCCGUGUUUAUAGUGACUCCGCCCGCGGCCCUUGUCUGCCUCCCCCACCCCGCGCUCGACCAACGAGACUCACGACCCCCGACACGCACGCGCCGCACACGCAUACCCCAGCACCAUGGCCGACAAGCUCGACGCGCCCACCUCCUCCUCGACCGACACGGGCUCCGGCCCCAACGCCGGCGCGGUCGGCGGCGCAGGCCCGAAGGCCAUCAUCAAGAACGUGGACAUGAGCGAGGAGAUGCAGCAGGAGAGCGUGGACAUCGCGUCCGCCGCGCUCGAGAAGUACAACAUCGAGAAGGACAUCGCCGCGCAGAUCAAGAAGGAGUUCGACCGCAGACACGGCCCAACCUGGCACGUCGUCGUCGGCAAGAACUUUGGCAGCUACGUGACACAUGAAACAAAGCACUUCAUCUACUUCUACGUCGGCUCACUGGCUAUCCUCAUCUGGAAGUCAUAGAAAUGCAUUGUUGUUCGCCGUGUUGCUGUCUGUUCUCGCCCGCCCGCUGUGCCCGUGGACGUUCCUCAUAGUCGUACUCAUGCCGCCACGUUUUUCGUCCUUGACGCGUGCUCUUCUAAUCUUUUUUGUAUGGACCAUCGCGUCCCAUGUAUCCAAUAAACCCGCCAGGCUUCCAGGGAACACCUCCAGAUGUCGAUCCGAUCCGUCUUUUUGGCACGUAGCUUUUUUGUUUUCGAACACAAGCAUAGAUUGAAUGUCUUCCACAUCCCAGAGCAUAGUAUGAGUAUUGUGCUACAAAGCGC